CCCCCAACGUCUUUGCGCUGUCUCGUAGAGCUGCAACGCUUCAUGACAGGACGUGGGGACAAUGGUGUCAUCAUGGGCCCGCAAUGCCCCCAAAUCUGGCCCUUCCGGUAUUGACCGGCUCCCUGACGACGUUGUCAUCCUGAUUCUCUCGCAAUGCCAAAUCGACGACAUACUGUCUUUCUGUCUCACGAACCGCAGACUCUAUACUAUCAUACUCGCAUACAUCACGACAAUCGGCCCGUCCGUAGCGCGUCGAACUUUCCCCAACGCAGUACGCCUCCUGAACCGCCCGCUAGAAGGAAAUUAUACAUUGGCAUGGCUCAAAGGAUUGAUCCCACAGCAACUAGCCGCAAUUCUAGUUGACAGGCACAGAUUUGCGCACGAUUGGGGAAACACUAGAUAUGGCAUACCAGCUGAAGAUCCAUGGGGGGAUGAGUUGCGGACAAGAGUUGUGAAUGGAUGGCAUGUGCUGCAAAAGCUAUCAGCCAUAUCUCAGGAGGCCUACAAACUGAAGCCGAGCGCCCUCGGACUCUCAACGAAAGAGCUAGGCUUGGCAUUAUUCAGCCCUACGCGCUUCAGAUUUGUGCUUACUGAAGCUCGCGAGCGCCAUGCAUUGGAGAGACGAUUGGUGUACAUCGAGUCUCUGCCGGAGAGCUCUGCCAAAGACUAUAAGCUGAUGUUCUUGCUCUUGUCGUCAGUCUUUCGGAUGUCUCUGUCCACCAAUAAUAUCGAGGACUACAUUCCGUGGAUCUUUGAUUGGGGACAUGGCAUAGAUGGGCAGCGACUUCUGCGGCGAGGGAACUCCUGGAUGACGUGGUAUAUCCUUCAUGAAGGCCCCUCCAUUUUCUGGCAGCAGUGGUGCGUUCAGGAUCCUGCCAACCCCGAGUCGAAAAACUACAUUCGAGACAAGUCCCUCCAAACGUGGUUGGGGAAAGACAGCGCAGUUCAAAGGUUCACCCCGAAUUUCCCAUCUGAUGAGUGGAAGGACGUGAAUGAGAAGGAGCAUGCGUUGCAGAGGGAUUCGGCCUACAAGGUCCAGCUCGCGAUGGAGAAACAGACGGGCUCACAGGAUCGAGCCAUGGCCAACCAGAUCCCGUCGCUGUUCGAUAAUUUUACUAGAUAUUCAGACUGCAGGCGGCUGAGGUUCCAGGAAGGGGCUCCUGAACCAGACGAGACGAUGACGGAUGUUCCAUUUCAUGUCGAGUUUCGGUGUCCAGAAGAGCUGAACAAGAGAUACAGUGUACUUCGUCUGGCGUCGACCUCUCGGCUACCGAGAGACUGAGCCUCGCGGUCGACACGGGGCGAAGCCUGCGAAAUUCUUCAGUUGUUUCUCCUUUCAUAGGCUACGAUACCAAUACAUAGAGCUAAGAAUGCUGUUUUGCAGGCACCUACGACCUGAUAUAUAUUCGCGUCAAAGACACGUCCACGUCCUAUACUCUGGAGUCCUUGCGCUCCGCUGUCCAAUGGUUCCUCAAGAG